AGCUACUUGACUCUGCAUUGAAUGCAAUGUAGUGGGGAUGGUCUGUCACUAAAUAUAAACUAAUUUUCAUCUAUAGGUAUACUGGAAGCUGCAAAUUAUCUCAAGAUCACUUCAAAGGUCUCAUCAAGCAGAGGUGACGCUAGGAGAUGAUUUAAAGGUGAAAAUGACAAGGUUCCCACCCCUCAAACCUUGGCUACUUCUCUGACAACACAGUCUGAGCUCUGAUGUCUUCUUUACUCUGGGAAUAGGAUUGGUAACGAAAAAGAUUUUUUUUUAAAUCCUGUUAAAGAAGAUUAUUGGGAAGCUAUUUAAAAUCCUUUACUGUGGUACAGAUGGAUUUUAAAAAGUGUUAGAUCUUUCCAAUGAACACUAAUAGAGUACUCUGCUCUUGGUUGGAUUACUCAGAGAAUGGCAAUGGUCUCUGCAAUGUCCUGGAUCCUGUAUUUGUGGAUAAGUGCCUGUGCAAUGCUGCUCUGUCAGGGAUCCCUUCAUCACACUUUCCAGCAGCAUCACCUGCACAGACCAGAAGGAGGAACGUGUGAAGUUAUAGCAGCACAUAGAUGUUGCAAUAAGAAUCGAAUUGAGGAAAGAUCACAAACAGUAAAAUGCUCCUGUCUGCCUGGGAAAGUGGCUGGAACUACACGAAACAGACCUUCUUGUGUUGAUGCUUCCAUAGUGAUUGGGAAAUGGUGGUGUGAGAUGGAGCCCUGCCUAGAGGGAGAAGAGUGUAAGACAUUGCCUGAUAAUUCUGGAUGGAUGUGUGCAACCGGCAAUAAAAUCAAGACCACCAGAAUUCACCCAAGAACCUAACAGAAAGUCUCUCGUUGGAUGUAGUGAAGGAAAACCACCAACCCAAGAGGACACCUAAUUAAAUUUUUAAACCAUCUAAGCAUUCACAAGCCAAAUGGAUUUCUAAUUUGCACUUUGACUGUUUACCUUAUAAUCCUGGUGGUUUUAUUGUGUGAAAUGAAAUGUCCUAUUUCAAGAACACCCUGAGUUUUGACAACAAAGUGGAAAGUGAAGGAAUGGCUCCUUUGGUAGAAUUUUUGUGAUUAUGAAGUUUGAACAACUGUCUUA